GCUAGAGCUGCGGACACUGUCGCUUCUGCCAGCACCACUACUGCCUCGUCUCCGACACCGGCCGACACCAUGAACCCGGACCUGCGCAGGGAGCGGGCCGCCGCCACCUUCAACCCCGAGCUGAUCACACACAUCCUGGACGGCAGCCCCGAGAAAACCCGGCGCCGUCGAGAGAUCGAGAACCUGAUUAUGAACGACCCAGACUUCCAGCAUGAAGACUAUAACUUCCUCACUCGCAGCCAGCGUUACGAGGUGGCUGUCAAGAAGAGUGCUAGCAUGGUGAAGAAGCUGAGGGAGUUUGGCAUCGCAGAUCCUGACGAAAUCAUGUGGUUUAAAAACUUUGUGCACCGAGGGCGACCUGAGCCUUUGGAUCUUCACUUGGGCAUGUUCCUACCCACCUUGCUUCACCAGGCCACUGCGGAACAGCAGGAGCGUUUCUUCAUGCCUGCCUGGAAUUUGGAGAUCACUGGCACUUAUGCCCAGACAGAGAUGGGUCAUGGAACUCAUCUUCGAGGCUUGGAAACCACUGCCACGUAUGACCCUAAAACCCAAGAGUUCAUUCUCAACAGUCCUACGGUGACCUCCAUUAAGUGGUGGCCUGGUGGGCUCGGGAAGACUUCAAAUCAUGCUAUAGUUCUUGCCCAACUCUUCACUCAGGGGAAGUGCUAUGGAUUACAUGCCUUCAUCGUACCUAUUCGUGAAAUUGGGACCCACAAGCCCUUGCCAGGUAUUACUGUUGGAGACAUUGGCCCCAAGUUUGGUUAUGAAGAGAUGGACAAUGGCUACCUAAAGAUGGACAACUAUCGUAUUCCCAGAGAAAAUAUGCUGAUGAAAUAUGCCCAGGUGAAACCUGAUGGCACAUAUGUGAAACCUCUGAGUGACAAGCUGACCUAUGGGACCAUGGUGUUCGUCAGGUCCUUCCUUGUGGGAGAAGCAGCUCGAUCUCUGUCCAAGGCCUGCACCAUUGCCAUCCGCUACAGCGCUGUGAGGCAUCAGUCUGAAAUCAAGCCAGGUGAACCAGAACCACAGAUUUUGGAUUUUCAAACCCAGCAGUAUAAACUCUUUCCACUUCUGGCCACUGCCUAUGCCUUCCAGUUUGUAGGCGCAUACAUGAAGGAAACCUACCAUCGGAUUAACGAGGGCAUCGGCCAGGGAGAUCUGAGUGAGCUGCCUGAGCUUCAUGCCCUCACUGCUGGGCUUAAAGCUUUCACCACCUGGACGGCAAACGCUGCUAUUGAAGAGUGUCGGAUGGCUUGUGGUGGUCAUGGCUAUUCUCAUAGCAGUGGUAUUCCAAAUAUUUAUGUCACUUUCACCCCAGCCUGUACCUUCGAAGGAGAAAACACUGUCAUGAUGCUACAGACAGCCAGGUUCUUGAUGAAAAGCUAUGACCAUGUGCACUCAGGAGAGCUGGUGUGUGGCAUGGUGUCCUACUUGAAUGACCUGCCCAGUCAGCGCAUCCAGCCACAGCAGGUGGCAGUCUGGCCAACUGUGGUGGAUAUCAACAGUCCAGACAGCCUGACAGAAGCAUACAAGCUUCGUGCAGCCAGACUAGUGGACAUUGCUGCGAAAAAUCUUCGAAAUGAAAUGAGUCACAGGAAAAGCAAGGAGGUAGCAUGGAACCUAACUUCUGUUGACCUUGUUCGAGCAAGUGAGGCACAUUGCCACUAUGUGGUAGUUAAGCUCUUUUCUGAAAAACUCCUCAAAAUUCAAGAUAAAUCCAUCCAAGCUGUUCUAAGGAACCUAUGCCUUUUGUAUUGUCUGUAUGGAAUAAGUCAGAAGGCAGGGGAUUUCCUUCAGGGGAACAUCAUGACAGGGUCUCAGAUUACCCAAGUGAAUCAGCGUAUAAUGGAGUUGCUCACUAUAAUUCGCCCCAAUGCUGUUGCUUUGGUUGAUGCAUUUGAUUUUAAGGAUAUGACGCUGGGCUCUGUUCUUGGCCGUUACGAUGGGAAUGUGUAUGAAAACUUGUUUGAGUGGGCCAAGAAAUCCCCACUGAACCAAACAGAGGUCCAUGAAUCUUACCACAAGCACCUGAAGCCACUGCAGUCCAAGCUCUGAAGUGUGAGAAGGACAAGUUAUGGUGGCUCCAGAAAGCAGCUGUGUGCAUCUCUUUCUCCUACCCAAGGCACACAUCUGUGCAGAAUCUUUAUCACAUUCAUAUAGCUGUAGAACAAAUGAUAAAUUGGCCCUUUUUCUCUUUUUAUAAAUGAAGAAAAUAAUGAACAGAUUUCAGA